CUGGCCGCACCCUCCAGAAAGAAAGAAACCUUGAAAGUUAACAAAACCCGCCGGAGUCUCACUGUCCCAUCCAAGUGAAUCAUUUUUCAUUGUUUAGAGAGGCGAACUAUCUCUGUCUCUCUGCGAGCUCAGAUCUCUGAUCUAGGGAACUUUUCACACCUCCCUCGUUUUCAUCGCUUAACUUGAUAUGUCGAUCUCCGCUCAAAAUCCUGAUAUUUCCGGCGAAAGGCAAUCCGGCCAAGAUGUCCGUACUCAGAACGUGAUGGCUUGUCAAGCUGUUUCAAAUAUUGUUAAAACCUCCCUUGGUCCCGUCGGACUAGACAAGAUGUUGGUGGAUGAUAUUGGUGAUGUGACCAUUACAAAUGACGGUGCUACCAUUCUUAGGAUGUUGGAGGUCGAACACCCUGCUGCUAAGGUUCUUGUUGAGUUAGCUGAACUCCAGGAUAGAGAAGUUGGUGAUGGCACUACAUCUGUUGUUAUUGUUGCUGCUGAGUUGCUCAAGAGGGCAAAUGAUUUGGUUAGGAACAAAAUACAUCCUACAUCAAUUAUCAGUGGUUACAGGCUAGCGAUGAGGGAAGCUUGCAAAUACAUUGAGGAGAAAUUGGUGACUAAGGUCGAAAAGCUUGGGAAAGCUCCAUUGAUUAACUGCGCUAAAACCAGCAUGUCCUCCAAACUGAUCUCUGGUGACAGUGACUUCUUUGCAAAUCUGGUACGCUUCCAGUUCUCAUUCUCUGUCAAUUACAUGAGUCUGUCAUAUAUUUUCCUUCUAAGGUUUGGAAACCGCUAUUACUUUCUUGCAAUUGCAUUUUUCAACUGUUAUAAUCAUUUUUUUCUUUUCAAGGCUGUGGAUGCAGUUCUGUCUGUUAAGAUGACAAAUCAGCGAGGGGAGAUAAAAUACCCUAUCAAGGGGAUUAAUAUUCUGAAAGCUCAUGGACAAAGUGCAAAAGAUAGCUAUUUGUUGAAUGGAUAUGCACUCAAUACUGGCCGUGCUGCCCAAGGGAUGCCAUUACGUGUUUCUCCAGCGAAGAUUGCUUGCCUCGACUUCAAUCUUCAGAAGACGAAAAUGCAGCUGGGUGUCCAAGUUGUUGUUAAUGAUCCACGAGAACUUGAAAAAAUCCGUCAAAGAGAAGCUGACAUGACCAAAGAGCGGAUAGAGAAACUUCUUAAAGCUGGGGCCAAUGUUAUUCUGACCACCAAGGGAAUUGACGACAUGGCACUUAAAUACUUUGUAGAGGCAGGAGCUAUUGCUGUUAGGCGUGUCCGCAAAGAAGACAUGCGCCAUGUUGCCAAAGCAACAGGAGCAACUCUGGUUACCACUUUUGCUGACAUGGAGGGCGAAGAAACAUUUGAUCCGGCACACCUUGGAUCUGCAGACGAAGUUGUGGAGGAGAGAAUCGCAGAUGAUGAUGUUGUGCUGAUAAAGGGAACUAAAACAAGCAGUGCGGUUUCCGUGAUCUUGAGAGGUGCGAAUGACUACAUGCUUGAUGAGAUGGAGAGAGCGCUUCACGAUUCUUUAUGUAUUGUGAAGAGGACCCUCGAAUCCAACACGGUGGUUGCAGGUGGAGGUGCAGUUGAAUCAGCAUUGUCUGUGUAUUUGGAGCACCUUGCUACAACCUUGGGCUCUCGUGAACAAUUGGCAAUUGCUGAAUUUGCAGAUGCGCUACUGAUUAUACCGAAGGUACUUGCAGUAAACGCUGCCAAGGAUGCAACGGAGCUGGUAGCUAAACUAAGAGCAUACCACCACACCGCACAAACCAAGGCUGAUAAGAAGCACUAUUCAAGCAUGGGACUUGACCUUGUUAACGGAACCAUCCGUAACAAUUUGGAAGCUGGAGUGAUCGAACCAGCGAUGAGCAAAGUGAAAAUCAUCCAGUUUGCGACAGAGGCAGCCAUUACCAUUCUGCGAAUUGAUGACAUGAUCAAACUGGUGAAGGAAGAUGGCCAAGGCGAUGAGUAACCAAACCUCAAGCUUCUCUUUGUUCGUCAUAUCUUUAGUGUGCGUUUCUCUGUCGGCUUCUUUUUCGAGUUGUAACAACGACAUUUCCUCUGAAACAUCAGUUUAUGUUUUUUCGUUUUUUUACUUCAAUUAAUCUAUGUCUUUUCGGAUUUAUCGUUUUCUGAACAAUAUCUUAAUUCGUUGUCUUUUGAUACUAUAGUGUUAAAAUCAAUACUAUUAAAUUAGGAACA